AUGAAAUCUUAAUACAAACAACUGAUUAAAAAACUCUUUUUGACCAAGAUGAAAAAUCAAGUGAAAUAAGAUUUAUUAAUAUCUACAGCAAUCUUACUUCAUGAUUUUAAUUAAAUGAUGAUUUCUUUGUAAAUUCUUAGUCAAUUGAAAAAGCUCAAAGAAAAUAAACUAUUCAAUGUUUCAUUUCUAUAUCACUUUAUGAAGUAUAAAAUUAAAUUAAUUUAGUUAGAAAGAUUAUAAGGAGAAUGAAUAAACCAAAAUCAGAAUCAUGUUGUCAAAAAUUGAAUAGGUUUAAAUUAAUUUAGUAUUAUAAUAAUCAAGAAUAAAAUUUGAAGCAAAUUUAGGAACAUCUCUUAGAGCAGCAGUUUAAACUUUGAUAAGAUAAUACUUAAAUGAAUUUUUAAUUAGUUAAUCAAAUUAGUAAGAAUUAAUAGCUGGAAUGAAAGAAUGUGUAAAAUUAAAAAUUUAGUUUUAUGAAAUAUUAGAUUCAGAUUCUGGAUUUACUUUUUCUCAUCUUUUUAAGAAGGUAAAAGAAACUUCAAAAUUUUUAUUGAAAAUUGAAAAAUAAUUUUAUUCCUUAUUUAAUUUAAGUCCAGAUUUGUCUUUAUAAAAGACAUUCUGUUUUUUUGAGGCAUAAAUUAUGAAUAAUUUGCUUGCAGCAUUUAAUAUAAAACAGUCAGAAAUAAACUUAAAGGAAAAUUAAAUAAAAUAUAGAGGUAUAAAGAAUUUAAAUUUAUCUGCUGAAAUAAGUUCAUAUAUUCUUUUAUCAGUAGAUGAAAAUUUUAGAACAUUUAGUAUAAUUUAAACAUCUCAUAAUUUUUUUAAACUAUUUGGAGUAACAUUUGAUUUGACUACCUACAAUUUUAGUGAUAUUAUUCCUUAAUUUUAUCAUAAACAUCAUGAGAAUUCAGUUUAGAAUUUUUUUCAUACUGGAUAGAAUAAAUUUUAUAGGAAUUUUAAUUACACAUUUAUCAAGAGUCAUAAUGGAUUAUUAAAAUAAGUUAGUUUAUGCAUAGAUAAUACACAAAUUUUUAAAAUAGAUAAAUUCAUAUUUGUUAGUCUUUUAUAAAGUGUAAAUACAGAUCUUCCAAUUAUAGUUGUAGAUGCUUAGACAUAAAUUGCAUAUUUUACUAGCUAAACUUUAUCUGCUUUUGGAAUUAAUGAAAUUAAUUAAAAAUAAUUUAUUGAAGAUGGUGCAUUACAUUAAGUAGGAAUUCUUACUAUAAUUCCUUAUUUUAAUAUGUUGAGUAAAGCUGAAAUUAAUACUGAUAUAGUAACUACAUUUUGUUUCUUUCUGAAACCAUAAUAUAGUUAAGAAGCAACAUUAACAUAAUCAAGUAUAAAGAAAGAUUAAAAUUAUUAUAUAUGGAGAAACAAAGAUAAUAUUAAUUGUUUUAGUAUAGAAAUAAAAAUAGAAAAAGUAACUGUUCAACUUGGUUUUUACUAUUAAUUAGAAUUUAUCUCUUUGAAAUAAAUUUUAAGUUAUGAUGAGAGAAAGAAAAUGCUUGAACUUUAUAAGCCUUGUAUAGGAGAGAGUACUAUGAGUAAGGGAUCAAAAUGGAAAGGAAAACAUUUAAAGAUAAUGAGUUUAUUAUCAUUUAGUCAUUUUAGUUAAGAAAGAAAGAAAAAUACUUUAAAAAUAUAAGACUUGAAAUUAAAAUCAAGUAUAUUACUAAAUUAAAGUUAAGGAUAAAUGAAAAACUUGAAUUAAUCAUCGUUUAUACAAUAAAAUUAAAGUUAAUCAAAUUUAUUAAGUAGUAGAGCAAGAAAUGAGUAAGAGUUUUAUAAAUCUUUUAAUAAAUCAUUUGUUGAAAGUGAUGUAUAAAAUAGUUAAUUUGAAAAAGAAGAACAUUCUCCAGAUAAAAAAAAGAAUAAUGAAGGAAAGAAUACAAAAAUAAAUAAUUAAUAAUUAGAUAGAAUAGGAUAAUAAUCAUCUAGUGUUGCAGGCUUUUAAAGACCAUUUUUUUAUAAUAGAUAUUAUUUAUUAUAAAAAAUGACUGAAAAAAGGAAUCCAAAAAAAAUAGACUCCUUUUUAUUCUUUUUUAUAGGAUAAAGUUUAAUAUUUUUUAUUUUUUCUUGUUUAGUUAUGAUCAAUAUGACAUCUGAUAUGAUAUUUAUUAUAGAUAAUAUUGAAAUGGGAUCAUUACAUGCAAGUAUUAUGGGACCACAUGAUUUAUUUUUUUCAAUGAGAAUUACAGUAUCUUCAUAUUAAUAAAUGUAAAGAGAAGGAUUUUUAAGUUAAAAUUAAGUAGUUUAAUUAACAGAUCCAUUUUAUAAUAAUAUACGGUAAGGGUAUUUAGAAUUGAAAGAGAGUUUCUACAGAUAAUUAAGAAAUGUAUAUUUAUAAGAAUUUUUUAAUGAUAUUAUUUUAACACUAAGAUUUAUGGAUGAAAAUGAAAGAGAAUUACAAAUAAUGUCAUAAAGUUUUAGAGAAUCUCUUUUAACAAUAUUAUAAUAUUAAUAUGAUCAUAUGAGAACAAUUGAAAUAAGAGAGAGUACAUCUGGAAAAGCAUGUUAAAUAUUUUUGAUGGCUAAUUAUUUUGUAUUACAUGAUAAGAUUGAGGAGAUUACAUAAGAAAUAUAGAGAUGGUUAUUAGACACAAAAGAAAUUAUUGAUAAUAAAGGUAGAAUAUUUUGGAUUAUACUUUAAUUAUUAUUGAUAACUUCUGGUUUGAUUGGAUUAUUUAACUUUAAUUAAUACAUUAAAUAUUAUGAUCAAUUCUUAUUAAUAUUUAAUGAGUUUAAUAAAUAAUUAAUUUAUGAUUAAUUAAAUAGAUAUGAUAUUGUAUAAUAAUAGUUACAAUAAAUUUCAGAUGAUAUAAUGAGAUAUAACUUUGAUUAAGAAUUAAAUGAAUAAGAAAAAACAUAAUCUUAAUAUGGUAGAGGUAAAGUACAUCAUUUUAAACUAUUAAAUAGAAAUAGAUAACACUUGUCAAGAUUUAAAGUCUAUUCAAUCAUUAUUUUAAUUACUGUUGUUUAUUUGAUAUACACAAGUGUAAUAUUUUAUAAAUAGUAAACAUUUUUAUCAAAAUAUAAAGAUACUGUUAAUCUUUAUAAAAUAAUUCAAGAUCUUAAAUUAAAGAGUGGAAGUAUUUAUUUAUUUAAAGAAAUCAGUCUUAGAUGGGAUAAUUUCACUUUUUUAUCUUAAGAUGAAAGAGAUAUUUUAUAUUAAUAUAUUGAUUAAUCACAUAAUAUAAUAGAUCAAUAUAUACUUCUUUCUUCUACUUAUGACUCAUCAUAAUAUUUAGUGGGGAACAAAUUUACUGAUAAAUUUAUAGAUAUCUAAUAAAAUAACAUUUGUCUAGAAAUUAUAGAUGUAAGAUUUUUUAUUUUAUUUUAAGUAAUUGGAAGAUUAUAUGCUAUUUUAUUGUGAUAAGUCUUUUGAAGGCACAAUAUCAAAAGGACUAAUAUAAACACUAAAUUAUAUUUCCAACUCAAUAAGAAUGUAAUAAUAAAUAAAUAACUUCACUAAAAGAAUAGAAAUUGAAUUAUAUGAGUAAGAAGGAUCAUAGAUAAUCACUCGAUCUUUUUUUGGAUUAUCUAAUUUAUUUUUGGAGAGUGUUAAAGAUACAUGCAAUGAAUUAAACUAAUUUUUAAUUGUAAGAGUAUUAAUUAUAAUUAGUAUUUCUCUCUAAUUUAUUUACUCAUUUCUGCUUUUUUAAUUAUUUUCAUUAAGUAAAUAUAUAGAAAAUAUUUAAUAAAUGAAUACCACUAAAUCAGAUAGUCGUUAUUUAUGAUACCAAAAGAAUCAAUUCUAUAUGAUGAAUCUUUAGACAGGUAUCUCAGAGAAAUAGCACUACAUUAAGGUUUAAUUUGA